GGCGUGAGCCCGCGGUGCUGCCUGGGUAAUCCAAGGGGUGGCGGCCAUCUUGCGUUUGGGACUGCUCUAGCCUCGCGUCCCUUUCCAGCUCCGUUUAAUCGCUACGUUGUGGACGGUCUUUAGCCUUCCCGGAGAUGCCUUAUAGUGAAAUUGAAGCUAAGUUUUUGGGACCCGGAAAAGAACUAACAAGGGAACCAUGCUAUAAAAAAUUGAAAUCAGCUGCAGAUGAUGGUGUUUCCCCCCAUCGAGGUGGUUCUGACAGUCACAGAAUCCAAGAAAAAACUAGAAAUAAUAGGGUCCCUGUGGCCACCAUUAACUUCAGAAGACGUGUUUGUCCUCAGGAAGACAAAACCAGUACAGAUGUGUCAAAGCCUUUGCACAAGGAGAUGUCUGGUAAUAAAGUAGGUGGUACUGAAUCCACUGGUUCACCAGCUUUGCAGGAUGGAAAGCUUUCACCACUGGCCAGGGAUGAUGAAAUCUAUAGCACAAGUAAAGUAUUCAUAGGCCCCAUUUACAAACCUCCUGAGAAAAAGAAAUGCAGUGAAAGGAAGAGUGAGACACAUACUUUCAGAAGUAUAGAUAGCAAAAGAAGACAAGAGGAAAAACAGAAAUCUAACUCCAAAAAAUUGGAGAUCGACACGGAAUUAUCCCAGUUUUACAAAGAAAUUGAAGAACUGGAAAAUGAAAAUGAAGCUUCCCAAGGCAGUUGCAAGGAACCAGAACCUUCCAAAGAACAAAUUAUUCCUUAUGACCGGGCCUGUAAUACCUUAAAAUCUGAGGAGGAAAAUAAAGAUCUCAGUAAUGUUCUUGAGUUACAUUGUGGUUAUCAAGAGUACUUGGAGGAUGAACCAGACUAUCCCUGUGAUGAACAGUUGAUACCUACAUUUUGUGAAACUUCAUUUCCUUCCUUCAGGCCCGAAUGGCAGUCAAUACAUCCUUUUGUCAUACCCCAUGAUCCUCUUCCCGGUUUUAAUUAUUUUAAUUUUCAAAGAUUUGGUGCCCCACUACAUCCAUCACCAGAUGUUUUCCAUGGGCAAGAUGACUCUCAGAUGCAGAAUGGAUGUUAUGUAGAUAGUUAUCAGGAUAGCUGGAGCUGUUUGACUUUUGAUCAGAAUGAUGAAUAUGCUAACUAUGAUGUGACUAGCAAUAAUGUUCAUCCUUUUAGAAAUGGCUACAGUGUACAAGAUGAAAGUGUGAAUAAUGGUUUCUGUGAAAUCAGAGAGUGCUGGCAAGAACCUUCCAUGGACAAGCAUAAUGAAACAGACAGGUUUGUGAACCAGUGGUUUCAAGAGGAGAAGUUAAAUAAAUUGCAGAAAUUACUUAUUCUUUUGCGAGGCCUCCCUGGUUCUGGAAAAACAACAUUGUCCCGAAUUCUGCUUGGUCAGAGUCGUGAUGGCAUUGUGUUCAGCACUGAUGACUAUUUUCAUCAUCAAGAUGGGUACAGGUACAAUGUUAAUCAACUUGGUGAUGCCCAUGACUGGAACCAGAACAGAGCAAAACAAGCUAUUGAUCAAGGGAGAUCUCCAGUUAUAAUAGACAACACAAAUACACAAGCCUGGGAAAUGAAACCGUAUGUGGAAAUGGCCAUAGGAAAAGGAUACAGAGUAGAGUUUCAUGAACCGGAAACUUGGUGGAAGUUUGAUCCUGAAGAAUUAGAAAAGAGGAAUAAACAUGGUGUGUCUCGAAAGAAGAUUGCUCAGAUGUUGGAUCGUUACGAAUUUCAAAUGUCCAUCUCCAUUGUGAUGAAUUCAGUGGAGCCAACACAGAAAAGCAUACAAAGCCCCCUUCCUCUCGAGGGGGAGCAGAGAGGAAGAAUUUUGAAGAAAAAUGGAUACAGGCAUAACAAAACCAAACAGAAGAGAAAUAGGACAGGAAAGAAAAGGAACAAUGUUCUUAGUGAGAACUCACUCACAACCUUAGGUCAUCUUGCGCCUGGAGGUCAGGGUUCAUCUCAGAGUGAAGGGGAAGGCUUUGACGAGGCCAAAAGAGAGCCAGAGCCUCCCUUAACUGGUGGCCUAUGGAAUGAAGCAGCAGAUGGUGGAAAUGGCCAUGAAGAGCAAAGUUGGCAAGACAGAAAGAUCUCAAACACUUUUCAAAAGACUGUGUCUACAGUUGAGUUGGACCGCACACCCAAGAACUGCUCCCCUAAGGAGGGGAAGGAAGAGGACGAGGAGAAAGAGAUGGGUUCACUUCUAACUUCACCAUCAGUACCACCUGCCUCUCGUCAUACAAGCACUCAACAUCUUUCUUGUGCAAUGAGGGAUAGCUGCUCAGGCAUGAGGGUGGAAAAGCAUAUGAGAAAUAGACAUAACUCAGCCGUAGACACCCAGGACGUAUUUGCUAAAACCCCAUGUUCAUUUAUGCAGAAGACAGAGAUGAUGGAUAAAAGUUGCCCAGAUGAGUUCCCCAUGAAUCAUCAGGGUGGGACCAGAAUAUCAGAGGAAAUUUUGCAAAAGGAACAAGGAGUCAAAAGCGAUUGCUGGGCUUUUUUUACAGCUAAUUUGUGUGAUAAAGAGUCACAGCUCUGGUCUGAGAGUCAGCCAUAUUUGGGCAGUUGGCUGGAGGAACCUCAUAAGUUUGUGUAUGAACAGAGACCCAAGAAAGCUAGGUCUCGCAGACUGACCCGCCCUGAUAGUAAGGAACAGUUGGUUAAGUUGAUUUCCACUUCUGAAGGAGCAACAGGCUCAGAAAGCAGCCCAGAAAUACCAAAGGAGAAGAAGCUACUGAUAAACUUGUCUCCUAAAGCUGAAACUGUAGGUUUACCUAGGAACCCAGGAGCAGAUAUCUCCAGUCGCUGUGUCCCCCAUCCGAACUCCCGAGAGCAUCCUUUAGAAUCAUCACAGGGUACACAAGGGGUGCAGAGGGAGAUUUGCAACUCGCCACCACACUCUAAGUUACUGGGACAGACUCAUAUCAACCCUGAAGAAAAGGAGAAAGGUGACCUCUUAACAGGGAGUCAUGGGCUGAACACGUUUUCUCGGGGGAAAGAUAUUUCUGAUAUGAUCAAUAAAGAUGAGAGAAAGCAAGAAGUGGUGAUCUUUGACCAUCGUCUGCCAUGGUUUUACCUUGAUAACCUUCUCCGUGACUCUCCUCUAAGUAUGUUUGGGAAGUCUUGCUCUUAUCGCCUGUCCUUUAACAGACUGGGGUGCGCUGUGUACUUUUAUAAAAACCCUGUCCCUUCUCUCAUGCUACAUUACCUGUCUGCCUUUUGCAUGGUAUCUCUUAACAACAAAAGAACACUUUUGACUUGCAGAUCUCAGAAGAGAGUGGAUAGGACACUAACCAAUGGAGGGUUUGUUCCCUCAGAAGUUGUAAGUAGCCAGCCUGAUACUGUUUGCUCUCAGAGGACUUCUUCUGACUGUCAGUUUUCAAAUGAUAGAUUUGAUGGAACGCUGAAGAUGUGGGAAGCCUGGGAGCCAGUGCAGUGUGGACCCACCAAGGACAGCCAGGACGUAAGCAGGAAUUAUCAGUCCUUUGGGACACUAGCACAAGAGUUUGCCUUUCACCCAGCCAAACUUUUGGGAUCUCCUGGAGUUUCAAUGGAACCCUUGUUACCAGAUGACGGAGCACAUGAUUGCCUUUGAUAUGGAAGUCACUCAAGAUUAUGCCUUUGCAAUGGAAGAUGUCAAUAAAG